CGUCUCCCUCCUAUCUCUCUGUCCAUCCAGGCUGGAUUGAUGUAACCUGGGAUGCUGGCGGCUCUAACUCUUACCGUAUGGGCGCUGAAGGGAAGUUUGACCUCAAGCUUGCUCCAGGGUACGACCCUGAGUCGGCUGCCACAGCGCCGUCACCCAAACCUAUCUCAUCCACUGUUUCAGGCCCCGCCUCCUCCACGGUGGGACCCUCCGCGACGCCGGCGGCCAGCGGCGUCACCACCACCACCACGUCCUCCUCGUCCUCCUCCACCUCGUCCUCCUCGCAGCAGCAGUCGUGGAGCAGCCUGGUGAAAAAUAACUGUCCCGACAAGGGUGGGGCCGCGUCGCUGGGCGGGGCCAGCUCCUCCAGCAGGAAGGGCAGCAGCAGCUCAGUCUGCAGCGUCGCCUCCUCCUCCGACAUCAGCCUGAGCUCCUCUGCAGGGCUGCCGGGCACCGGCGGGCUGCGGCUGGAGAGGAGGGCCGAGGGGCUGCUGCUGGACCAGGGCUCAGGGGUGGGAGGAGUGACGGGCGUCGGCCCCGAAGGACACCAACACGAGCCCAUCGUCGUGCUGUCCUCUGCGGCAGAGGGCGGCUCUGGCUCCGUGUCCAGCUCCGGCACGCUCACCGCCGACACGCCGGCCCCCGGCGACGAAGCCAGAAACAAGGAUUCAUCCGUGGCGACCGACCCCGCGACGGCGAUCUCCAUGGGACUUGUGAGCGUGAGCUCCCCCGACGUCAGCUCGGUGUCGGAGUCGUCCAGCAAGGACACGCCCUCCCAGAGGCCUCUGUGCUCGGCGGCCAACGCUCGGCUGUCCGUCAGCUCCCUGCUGGCCGCCGGCGCUCCCAUGAGCUCCAGCGCCAGUGUGCCCAACCUGUCGUCACGGGAGGCCAGCCUCAUGGAGUCCUUCGUCCGCCGUGCGCCCAACAUGUCACGCACCAACGCCACCAACAACAUGAACCUGAGCCGCAGCAGCAGCGACAACAACACCAACACGCUGGGCAGGAACGUCAUGAGUACUGCCACUUCUCCUCUCAUGGGCGCUCAGAGCUUUCCUAACCUCACCACCACCGGCACCACCUCCACCGUUACCAUGUCAACCUCCAUAGUAACCAGCAGCAAUAACGUAGCCACGGCCACCACGGGUCUGUCGGUGGGCCAGUUGCUAAGCAACACCCUGACGACCAGCCUGACGUCCACUUCCAGUGAGAGUGACACGGGCCAGGAGGCCGAGUUCUCGCUCUAUGACUUCCUGGACAGCUGUCGUGCCAACACGCUAUUGGCUGAGCUGGAUGACGAGGAGGACCUCCCAGAGCCCGACGACGACGAUGACGAGAACGAAGACGACAAUCAGGAGGACCAGGAGUACGAGGAGGUGCUGGAGGAGGAGGAGUACGAGACCAAAGGAGGCCGCAGGAGGACGUGGGACGACGACUUCGUCCUGAAGAGACAGUUCUCAGCUCUCGUCCCCGCCUUUGACCCCCGACCAGGAAGAACCAACGUCCAGCAGACCACCGACCUGGAGAUCCCCCCGCCAGGAACUCCUCGCUCGGAGGUCCAGGAGGAGGUGGAGUGCGCUCCGUCUCCUCACCUCUCGCUCACCCUGAAG